UGGCAAUGUAUGUUAUUGCAGGAGGCUCUAAGUUCUCUACUCAUCACGGUUUGGUUAAUAGCAAUAUGCGCCCACACACGCCAAGAAAGCUUCAAGUAAUGAAUGCUAUUUGCGUAUUCCCCAGCCAGUCUGACGCGGUCAAAGUCGAAUUGGCCAGCAUGGAAACCAUAAAUGGGCAAAGGAAGAGCUAUAGCGUUGUGUCUGGACUUGGGAUCAGCAAUCCUGGAGUACGGCUCACCGUGAUUGUUGGGGUUUGCGGUGAUGUUCCAUUCCUAAAUAAGGACGUUGAAAUCGUCUUGGGAGAUGUCAUUAACAGAGAUAGUGUAGUGGAGUAAGUCUUUGGUAAAGAGUACCAUGAUGAGGACGCGGGAGACACGCUGAGGAGACCGAAUCGGGACUGUAUGAGCGCAGUUA